AUGGAACGUUGGUCUGGAAAAGUGGCGAUCGUAACUGGUGCUAGUUCGGGAAUCGGUGCAGAGAUCACGGAAUCCCUCGUAGAACAUGGCGUUAAGGUUGUUACCCUCGCGAGAAGGCUAAACAAACUUGAAGAAUUAGCCGCGAAUCACGGCAAAGACAAGAUCUACCCGGUCCAAUGCGACGUUACGAAGGAGGAAGAGAUUUUACAAGCAUUUCAAUGGGUCGAAGAGAAAUUAGGCGGUGCUGAUAUACUCGUGAACAAUGCUGGCGUUCUCAUUGCAACACCGGUUAUUGGUAAGGCCACUGAAGAUUACCGUAGAGUAGUGGAUACCAACUUAAUAGCUCCCGCAAUCUGUUCAAGAGAAUUUUGCCAAUCGGUCAAGAAACGUAAUGCAUACGGCCAUAUAAUCAAUAUCAACAGUAUGGCUGGGCACUAUGCAGAAGCUAUACAGCUAUCACUCGGUAUCUACGGUGCCAGUAAAUAUGGCCUGACUGCCUUGACAGUGGAACUACGCAAUGAAAUACUCCAGGCCAAACUCAGAAUACGAAUUACGAACAUCAGUCCUGGCACAGUACUCACAGACAUGUUUACAAAUGUAGCUGCAGGUCAGAUUGAUCUUAAUAAUAAGAUGAUAAUAUUGCGUGGCAAAGACAUAGCUAACUCAGUGGUCUAUGCACUAGGCACACCGGAGGGCGCAGAGAUUCACCAGUUGACAAUUGUGCCUGAAAAUUCACUAGCUGGGCUCCCAAGGGAAAUGAUUCAUAAAUAAGUGUCUAACCGAUGUAACUCUUAAUCAAGAUCAAAUAU